AUGCAUCCGGCAGCUGCAUCAAGCUUAAUGAACAAUCACCGACUCUGCGCAAGUCUAAAAUUCUGUAGCCGCGACAACACAGAUGGUGACCCAGGCAUGGAAAAAAAUACUAGGAACAGCAACAGAGUAUGGUAUCUAUCCGUUGAUAACUGGUUCCCCAAGGCAGAAGAGUUGUGCAAGUACUUGUGGCCGACAGCCCAAUUACACUCCUCGUCUAUUCGAUAUUUAGGCGCAGGCUCAUCAAACAAGGUGUUUGGUUUAUCGAUAGAUGAGGAAAAUGGUAUCGAUCAGAACUACAUCCUGCGAAUACCUGCAAAUGAGCAAGAAAUUCCACAGACUGUCGCCAUUCUGAAUUACCUGAACGCUUCAACGACAUUGAAAAUCCCAAACGUCAUCAACUGGGAUAAAAGUCGCGACAAUCCACUGCAAUAUGGGUAUAUCAUCAUGUCGCGCCUUCCCGGAAAUUGCCUCGAAGACGUUUGGAAUGACCUUACUCACAAGAAUAGGUUGCAGCUUGCGCAACAACUGGCUCAAAUAUAUCUUGACAUCGAGACCAACGUAAAUGACGUAGCCGGCUUGAUAAGAGUUCACGAGGAAGACUUCCAUCACGGAAGCAAUGAUCUAAACGACCUCAUGUUUAUCGAAGCCUUCGUCCCCCCGGGUUGGCCUUCCACAGGCGCCCCACUGGAUUUCACAAAUACAGACGAAGGUCAAAUAUUGCUUGAUCGUGCCCAGCAGGGUCCCGCUAAACUCUCCGUCAGUGAGAUAAUGUUGGGACUAUUUAAGUACUACAUAUAUCAGGCGCAGGGCGAUUUGGCAUCUCGCCCUGAAAUUGUAGAAAACUACUUAUCGCCCUGUCAAGAUAUCAUGGAGGGCAUGGUACAGGCGAACGUGUUCAAGUCUCAUGAUAACAUCUGCCUUCACCACGUCGAUUUGCUACCGAGAAAUAUCAUGAUUGAUUUUGAUUCUCAUGGCGAUCUUGCCAUUACAGGUGUGGUGGAUUGGGACACUACCCUGUUCGCACCACGAUUUGUCAAUCGUGUCCUGCCUAGGUGGCUCUGGCAGAAACUUCAGAUCAACGAGCUGGGUGAGCCGAUCGACAGCUCAUCAUUAUCUGACCAUAACAGCGACCAACAUCAUGAGUUCGAGGCUCUCGAUAUCGAGAAAACAGACCCCUUUACAGAGAAAGGUGCAGAGAUUCGGGAAGUAUUUGAAUGCGCAGUAGGCAAGGAUUGGAUGCGUGAUGCGACCAAUCCCCACUUCCCUUUGGCCAGGAAACUAAUUCAAUUCAGUUUGAGACCCAGCAUCCUCAAAAAAGACGAGGCGGAAGUGAAGGAAUGGGUUUCACAUUGGGAGAAAGUGAAGAAUAGGAAUCAAUCAGAUGCUUUGACACCAUAA